AAAUUAAAACUCAUAAAAAUUCAAGGGCCAAAGUGAGAAACAACUUACGCAGGCGAUAACAGCUCGCGCGGUUAUUUCCCAGGUUUCCUCGAAGUUCCGGCACUCUUAUCCCGUUCUCUUCACUUUUAGAAAUUUCUCUGACUCUCUGUCCCCUCUCAAUCUCUCUCUCUCUCUUCCACCAAACGACAGCUACUGAAGAGAGAGAUAAUGGUGGCGGGAAGCACAUGAGAUCCGCAGGAGGGUCGAAUUUACCAUUGUACCCAUCUCCCCGGCUGCUCCCGUCAUCCUCCUCAUAAACUCCCCCCAACGGACGUGUCCCUGCCGAGUCGACCCGCCUCCUCUCCUCCUUCGGACACGACACCGUCCUCGUCGCCUUCGAAUCCAAGCAACUCAUAAAUAUCCCCAAAAAAGAAGAAAAAAAAUGAAAUUUAAUAAUUUAAAAAAAAGAUGAAAUCUUUGCUCUGAAAAUCUCCGGAGGGUAAAGGGUUUUUCUUCCCUCCGCCGUUGAUUCGUCCACGUGGACUCCCCCAUUCUCUCCCUCUCUCCUCUCUCUCUCUCUCUUCCGGCGUGCCUUUGCCCUCUGUUAUGAAGUUCGCCGGUGAUUGCUUUCUCUUCUUUCCACGGAAUUUCCUUCUUUAUCAACAAGGUCCUCAUUUCUCUCUCACUCUACCCUUUUUCUCUCUCUAAAAUGCAUUCAGUGCAUGCUUCCAUAUAAGAAGCAUAGACAUAUAACCUUGUGUAUUUGUAUGUUGGAUUCUGGGUUGUUAAUCAUUUGUGAAUUGUGGGAAGCAGUGAUUGGUGAAGAAUUGGGCAGAAAGCAUGAACUUGAUGGGGAAAGGUGACGCUGCCCGCUGCAUUUUCCCCCUCACCGGUUUGCAAAUUGGAGACUUGCAGUCUUAUCUUUCGGAUCUUAGCCUUUUCCUGGCCCUCGAAAGCAAGAAAUUCUAUAUCUUGGUGGACAAUCGGCCAUGGCUGGGCGACCUAGGUUCGCGGUCAGCACACUUGUGGCAAUUGAUGGUUACCAAGUCAAGGUUGUCUCCUUUUGCAAACACUAAGGCGCGGAAGGUGAGAACAGAAGGAAAUGAUGCUUGCCCCAGACCAAAGACUGCAAAACCAAAGAAGCUUGCUAGGUGGUUCUCAUUAAUCAAGCAUCAGAAGAAGGUGUUGUUACCUGUAAAGAAGCUGCAGAGAUCUUUGCUUCUAAGAAGGGAGUUACAUAGGACCUUGUAUGGUUUUAUUGUAUUCGAAGUUGCAUGGAGCAAUGUUCGAGGUAUCAAUUACAUCAAUGAGCUUCAGACUGAUACGUCGCUGGCUAUAGAGGCUAAAUCCAUGCAAAGAUGGGAAUUUGACAGUAUUGCUCAAGCUGCAAGCUGCAUAUCUUCGUGGUUCUCAGGAACAAUCUCUGAGCAGCUACAGUUAAAAGAGCAUCUGAAUUCUUCCGUAGGAGAAGUUUUCUAUGAUGCUGAAGAGUUUCCAGAGACAGAAACUAUGGCGGUUGUUGAUGACAAUAUCUGUCACAAUAAUCUGCCCACUGGGGAAGAUUCUCUCCACUGCCUUAGUCGCAACUUUAGUGUUCAUUCUGAUAUCUGUGAAAAUAGGGCCGGUGUACCGCAUUCACCGCCUCCACCUACUGGACCCUAUAAGAGAAGGAAAAUAACAGCGUGUAUUAGUGCUGGAGUUGAAGUAGAUACUUAUUCAGAGGAAGUGCAAAGCCCUGCCUGUGACUCUGAAAGUUCUGAGACGUAUAAAUGUUACUUUGAAGAAGAAAUGCAAAACUCUGAGACUUAUUCCUGUUACUGUGGAGAUGAAAUGCAAAACUCUGAGACCAAUACCUGUGAUUCUGAAGAUGAGAUACCGGUGACUGCGAGGGCCUAUAUCAGUGAUUCUGAAGGUGCUGUUAAAGCUACUCCGUUCAGCAAAGAAGCUAUACCUGUAACUGUCAAUACCUAUACUAGUGAUUGUCAAGAUGCUGUUGAAUCUACCCAGUACAGGGAUGUGCUGAUUUUGUUCAGGUUCAAUCACCGUGACCUCCCAUUUAAACUAAGAGAAAUAAUAAUGUCUGAUCUCCGGUUGCUGACUUUGCUUGAGGCCGGGCUUCCAUCUUGGGUUAUCUUCCUUCAGUCAUACCCUGGGUUUUGCCAUAUCUAUCGCCCAUGGAUGUGCCCUCUGGCAAGAGCAUUGUAUGUGCUGAUCUCAGUUGUCACUGUUUUAAUUGGAUUUUAUGACCUAUACAAAAAUGUUCCAGUUCUCAAGGCAACUGCAUCUCGUCUUUGUGGGCCUCUAUUUGAUUGGAUAGAGACCUGGUCGAUGAUAUCAAGGAUUAAGUACUUGGGAACAAUGCUAUUUCUACACCACUCUCAGAAAGUUGUUCAGUGGUUUCUGGCAAUCAGGAGUACCACGCGAUCCUUUUUUUCAGUUCUAGCUCAGCCAUUGGUAGAACCUCUUGUGGAGUGUUUUGGAUUCCUCCUUCCAGUAUGGAACAUGCUUAUUGAUGUAUUAGAGAGCCUCUUUUCAGUCAUUUGGAUUCUGAUUGGAUCUUCAUGCAGUCUAGUCGGGAAUCUGAUUGAGGUUUUAGUGUUUCCAAUAUGGUUUCUCCUGUCAGCCAUCUGGAGCAUUGGAACUUCCAUUGUAUAUCCUAUAUUUUGGAUUCUAUGGGAAGUACUCUAUGCUCCGGUUCGCAUGGUCCUUUCACUAGCCAAUGUUAUAGUUUUUAUUGGUGCAUGCAUAUAUGAUACACUUCGAGAUAUCUGGCAAGUUAUUUGCAGCAUAUUCAAGUUUGCUUCAGCUUCCCAGGCAACUGUGAAAACGGUUGAAGUUUCCAUAUGGCGUUCACUUUGGAAUGACCUCUUUUCUCAGGUUUUCCGAGCUGUCAGGAGUAUAUUAAAUGGUUUUGUUGCAUUCUUCGUAGCUUGUAACAGGCAUCGCCUUAGCAUUUAUAAUCAUAUACAAGAGUUCACCCAAAGAUUCCUGGACCGAACCCAGAGAUCACAGCGUGAAGUUUCAAGACGUUAUAGGCGCAGCAGAGACUCGGAAUUUGUUCGAAGUAAGAAGGAAAAACAACCUUGAAUAGUUUUUCCACGGCUUUUGGAGGAUAACACUAUCAAUGGGGCACCACCUUCGACAAUGUGUGAAAUGCUUUCGGCCAAACAAGAGAACAUAAAGACGGCGGCAUAGUGUAAAGUGUAGGAGUUGAUGCGGGUGCUUCUGUUGUGUGCAUGUAGCACCUAUGUCUGAAUACAUACCAUAGGAAGAGCUCGGUUUCUUUUUUAUCCUUAAUUCUUUGCGGUCUUGUUUCUACAUGUGAAUUGUAGGGGGCAAACUAUUAGUUCAGUGUAUAUAAUGUUCAUUCGAUUAAUUCAUGUUUGAAUCUGAAUUGGUUUGUAAUCAAAACUAAUCUUAGGGCAUGUUUACUUGAUAGAAAUAGAAUGAGGAAUGGAUAAA